UAAGGAGACUAAGGAGUAAGGACAAGAUAAGAUGUGUUAAGUGAGACUACCUAUCUGUGUGAUGUAUUUAUCUAACUAACUGUAUCUCAGUUAUUUAAAAAUAUAGGUAUGUGUAUGAUAAUUAAAUUAAAGAACUUAUGCUAAAUCAACACAAUGUUUUACUAACAAAAACGCAAAACUUCGCUAUACAGGGUGAAACGGAACGCAAAACUCACCCUCCCCUAUUUGAAAUGACUCACUCAUUUCACCCCAUUUUCCACCCCUCCCGGAAACAGCCGAGCCGCCCCGACGGAGCCCGAGCGCCCCCAGCGCGGCCGCGACGCGAAAAACAAUUCAUUUUCACACGAAUAUUUCUUAUUAUUUUCACAUUUUUUUACACAAAAAACUAAGCGUUAAAUACCAAAAAACCAUACAGUGUUCCAAGUGUUCAUAGUGCAAGCGAAGUUGUGGUCGAAAACUUGCCGAUGUAAAAAUGAGUUCUAUUGAUUUUCCCCUGACGGGACACCAUCGUGUAUGCGGGAAAAUAUUUUACGUGUACGGUUUAAAUGUAAAUAAAAUUGUGAUUUUUAUCAAAAACCUUAGUGCGUUGAAAUUUGAGUGAAAAGUAUGUGGUUUAGUUAGCCUGACAAUAUUUCAAUCUCACUUAGAUCGUGAAUUCAAUUGAGAGGAAAGUAUUUUUUUACUCCGGACUGGCUAUAAUACAAUAAUGACCGUCCACUGUGUUUAAAAAAUUUAAUUAAAAAUAAAUAAAUGAAAAGACAUUUUAAAUUUCGAACCCCGAGUCAUGGCAGCCGAGACAGUUAUUCUUACAUGGACCCUCUGGCCAAUGGGAGUGAAGUGUUGUGUGGUGCCAGUAUGAUAGACUUUGUAUCCUGUUGACUCCAGCCCUUGCCAAGGCCUGAAGAUGGAGAGCGGGGGAGGAAACACGGGGUCUGAGGCCUACCAAUAUGUUGGGCCUUUCAGAUUGGAGAAGACCCUUGGGAAAGGGCAGACAGGUCUGGUGAAGCUGGGCGUCCACUGCGUGACCGGCAAGAAGGUGGCCAUCAAGAUCAUCAACCGGGAGAAGCUCAGCGAGUCCGUGCUCAUGAAGGUGGAGCGGGAGAUAGCCAUCAUGAAGCUGAUCGAGCACCCGCACGUCCUCGGCCUGUCUGAUGUUUAUGAGAACAAGAAGUAUCUAUAUUUGGUCCUAGAACACGUGAGCGGGGGCGAGUUGUUCGACUACCUGGUGAAGAAGGGCCGGCUGACUCCGAAGGAGGCCCGGAGGUUCUUCCGGCAGAUCAUCUCCGCCUUGGACUUCUGCCAUAGCCAUUCCAUAUGCCAUCGGGACCUGAAGCCAGAGAACCUCCUCCUGGACGAGAGGAACAACAUCAAGAUAGCAGACUUCGGGAUGGCGUCGCUUCAGCCUGCUGGUUCCAUGCUGGAGACUUCUUGUGGUAGUCCGCACUACGCCUGUCCAGAGGUUAUAAGGGGUGAGAAAUACGAUGGCCGCAGAGCGGACGUGUGGUCUUGCGGAGUCAUCCUCUACGCGCUAUUGGUGGGGGCUUUGCCGUUCGACGAUGAUAACUUGAGGCAGUUGCUCGAAAAGGUGAAACGAGGAGUGUUCCAUGUGCCUCACUUCGUGCCGCCAGACUGCCAGCAGCUGCUCCGAGGCAUGAUUGAGGUCAACCCGGAGAAGAGGAUGACUCUGGCGGAGAUAACCCGGCACCAGUGGGUGACAGCAGGGGGGAGGGGCGAGCUGGAGCAGGAGCUGCCCAUGAUGGAGGUGGUGCAGACCCGGGUGCUGCCCAAUAUUGAUGCCAUAGACCCUGACGUCUUGCAGGCCAUAUGCAGUCUCGGCUGCUUCAAACAGAGGGACAAGCUGAUACAAGAACUACUCAGUUCACACCACAACACAGAGAAAGUCAUAUACUUCCUGCUGCUGGAACGCAAGCGACGGCGGCCAGCGCGGGACGACGAGCCGCGCCCGCCCGCCCUCGCCGCGCCCGCCGACCCGCCCAGGAAGCGGCUCGACACCUGCAAGGUGAACGGUCAACAGGCGCACUUCGGGCAGAUCAGUGAAGGAUCCCCCAUCACGCCGAGACGGUCACAGUUUAGGAUUGGUCGCAGCAGGUCAGCGUCGGGGCGCCGCGAGGGACGCAGCAGUCCACAGUUGCCUGCCAGCCCGCCCACGGGCCACACGCCUGCGCGCGGCUCCCCCGCGCCCGCGUCCCCCCCCGCCGUCGCCCUGCGCGAGCACCACCACCAGCGGGCUAACUCCACCGGGCCUACUAUUAGCUUGAAUAUUGCGGGCGAGCCCGGUGAAGCUGUCAUCAUAAUCAACGAGUCGCCACUACUGAGCUCCGUGCCCGUCCGCCCGCACAGCCCCUCGCAGUCGCAUCGAGUGCGAGAGCGGUCGUCGCUGCCCGGGCCGCCCGGCACCACCACGUCUCCCGCUCAAUCUUCACUAUUCCCCAACCUGGGCACUCUCACAGGAGUGGGAGCCCUAACAGCGGCCUCCCCGCCCGGAGGCAGCGCGGCGGCGCCGUGGCGGGCGCGGCUGGCGACCAUCAAGAACUCCUUCCUAGGCUCACCCAGGUUCCAUAGGAGGAAAAUGCAGACAUCAUCAGAAGAAGUCCACUUGACCCCAGAAUCUUCCCCGGAACUGACGAAGCGGUCCUGGUUCGGUUCACUACUGCUGUCUGCUGAUAAAGAGGAGACUUUUACUGCAUUGGUUAAGGGGAAGCCCCUAGCUACGGUUAAAGCGGAUCUGAUACAUGCGUUUUUGAGUAUAGCAGAAUUGUCCCACAGCGUGCUCAGUCCGAUGUCGUUCAGAGUGGAAUACAAGAGGGGGUCCAAUGCACCGGCCAUGUUCCAGAGGCAUGUCAGGUUUCAGGUUGACAUUUCGACAAUAACGAAAGCUCCCGGUGAAAACGGGAAGGAAUACCUUUACGCUAUCACUUUCACAUUAAUAUCAGGCAACAUACGUCGCUUCAGGCGGGUGUGUGAGGUGGUCCAAGCGGCGGUGUGUCGCGCGCCCGGCGCCUCCCGCGCGCCCCCCCUACGCCCCCCCGAGCCCAGGGCUCUGAGGCGGACUAUACAUCCACAUGCUGCUUCAGAGAUCCCAGACAGUCCGGAGACCCCCCACCAGCACUCGGACCACGACAGCGACUGUUCAGUGUUCGACGCAGUGAAGAGCCCCACAUCUCAUACUUCCAUAGAUGGCGUGGACCAGAAUGGCACACAUCCCUUGGGAUCCAGUUCUUCAGUUACAAGUACUUCAAGUGGAUAUAAGCAAGGAGGGCGCGGGCGGCGCGCGGCGGAGCCCCAGUCCGCGAGCCUGGACCACGAGAUCAUGAGCUGCGGCCGCGACGUGCUGUCCGGAGUGCAUACAAAGCGAUCGUCAUCCGAGUGCCGAGACUCGACCAACUCUCCCAGAAGAGGGCUCGAAUCCCGCGAGAACUCCAUCAAAGACGAGCUCAGAAGAAACAAUUCACUGCGCGACAACCGCCGAGAACUGAUAUCGAGCAGAGAAUCGGCGAUCAAUAAUCGAGACAUCGACACUGGCAGCCGAUGCGUUCCGCCGCCGACUACUAGCUCUAUGGCGUGAGAUUACUUUUUUAUUGUCUAUGGUGUCACUAAGGGCUGUUAGGGCGCUGCGCGUUUGCCCGGGAAGAGGAUAAAGUUAUUGUUCUGAGGUAUACCCUUUUACGGUUUGCGGUGGCGACUUCGGGCAGCUUUGUAAGAUCUUAAUAAGGCCAGUGUACACAAUGUAUGGGUUACACUUAAUAGUGGCUUAUACGCGAUUUACAUAAAAAAUGCGCGAUGUUAAAAUCGAGUUUUCAAGAAUUACCUAAAUAAAAAAAUGCAAAGCGUGCUAGGCCUCCGGGGCGCCGCGCCGGGACAGACCUCAGAAUAAGAAGUGUUCGCCAGUAAUUCGAAACCAUAGACAACUUUUUAAAGGAAUUUUACAAGUAGGUAUUGUAUGAAAUGAGUUUGAUUGCCUUUGAGUGUAUGUAUGUUGUUGUUUUGGAUGUAAGACUCAGUAUUUCAGGGAAGGAUCUCAUGUGAUUUUUGUACGUAAAUAAAUUUAUCUAACCAUAACAUCAGAGAUUCGUCAUGAAUCAUGAAAAGGUUGGACUGAGAGCAUGCAAGGUUUAAGGUUUCAUUUAUGGAUUGAUACGAGAGGCGAUUGUCUAGCUAAUAUAAAAAUUAUUUAAUUUUGUAAGUAUAUUGUAAUUAUGUUGUAGGUUAAUUAUUUGCAUUAUAAUUAUUAUAGGUAAAUUGUUUUGUUUUAACUGAAAUCAUGUUAGUAAUUUGUUUUUAAUGCGAAAAAUAUCAAGUUUUAAGACUUUCUAGAAUGUACGUAGUUUCGGCUUUAGGCUUCGCGGUAAAGUGCACAAAGAGUUCGGAUAUUGAAAAGGAUGAAAGUAAAAAUUGUCUAUGGUAAAAAUAUUUUAAAAUGAAUAUUCUUCUUCCAAGGAUUUUAAAUUAAAAAAAAAGAAUCUCACGAAGCUUCCCUUAUACACACAAUAUUUUUGAACGCGGCAGAAUUCUUCCAUAUUAUGUCCGUUACCAAAUGGCGCCCAAAUUUGAAGCCUAUAAAAUCUGAUUACUAUUUUACAUAGCUGUACGUAUUAAGCAUAAUCGUAAAAAGUAUGUGUUAAACAUAAAAUUAUGAAACCGGCCAUGUAUGUAAUUUAAAAAUUAAAAAAAUAUUACGCUACCCAUGUACUGAAUAGUAUGCUAAAUUUUGAGACUAGAGUUAGGCCUGAUUAUAAUUGUAUAAUUACUGCUGUAUUUUUGCAAAUGGUAUAAUAUUUAUAAACAUAACAUUGAUGUUGAAGUGAAAGGACAGAAAAUACAUGAGUAAUAGAUUUUCCAAACUUCAUUAUCGUAAAAAAACAUGGGAUGUUUUCCAUGCUUUUGGGAUGAAGUUUAGAAAUACAGAUAACCCCCAAACUGCCAUGAAUAGGCAAUGCUUAAAAUAGAAAGUAGAUUGUGUAAAAAAGGAUGCACGCGUUAUGCGAUAAAAAAAAUACCUGUGUAUAUUAAUGUAAUGAAACCAAUAAUAAUUGACCGUUACUGUAUAAUGCCACUGAUUUGUAUUGUAUGGCUGUGUAUGGUGUAAUUAACAAUAUUAAUAUAACAAGCGUCCGUUUAGCUUUUUUUUCUUUGACACCGUGGUAUUUUUUGUUGUCGUUAUAUUAUUAAACCUAUCCUAUACGCACACUAAUAUUCGUGAAUAAAAAAAAUGAUGAAACCAACUGUAAUAAAAAAAAACAAGUUGCAUUGUAUGAUGCGCGCAGAUCC